UUCAUCAACUUUAAAUAAAUGUUUUGUCUUUCUACCAUUUCCUCAUUUCUUCAAAAUAUCUUUUCCUAAUUUCAUCCAUUAAUCUUCCUUCUACUUUCUCUCUCCUCAAUCUCUCUCAUUCUGUACUACUUUGACAAAAAAAGACGAUAAUUUUUCUGGGUUUCUGUUCAAUUUUGGUGGGGUUUGGUUGAUUUCUUAGAUUAGUAAUUGAAUUUGGUUUAAUUUAGGAGAAUUUAAAAUGAUGAUGACAAUGGAAGGAACAAUGGAUGAAAAUGUAUUGGAUGAUAUAAUUAGGAGAUUAUUAGAAGGAAAAGGAGGAAAACAGGUGCAAUUAUCUGAAGGUGAGAUCCGACAACUUUGUGUCAACGCGCGUAAUAUCUUCUUAUCUCAGCCUAAUCUUCUUCAACUUCGUGCACCAAUUAGGAUCUGUGGUGAUAUACAUGGACAAUACCAGGACCUUCUAAGGCUUUUUGAAUAUGGGGGCUAUCCUCCUGCUGCAAAUUACCUCUUUCUUGGAGAUUAUGUAGAUCGCGGCAAGCAAAGCUUGGAAACAAUUUGUUUGCUUCUAGCAUACAAAAUAAGAUACCCCGAUAAAGUUUACCUUUUACGAGGCAACCAUGAAGAUGCAAAGAUUAAUCGUAUUUAUGGGUUUUAUGAUGAGUGUAAAAGAAGAUUUAAUGUUCGCUUAUGGAAGAUUUUCACGGACUGCUUCAAUUGCUUGCCGGUUGCUGCACUUAUUGACGAAAAAAUUCUUUGUAUGCACGGAGGCCUAUCCCCGGAGCUACAGAAUUUGAAACAAAUAGAUGAAGUUCAGAGACCAACAGAGAUACCAGAUAAUGGUCUUCUCUGUGACCUUCUCUGGGCUGAUCCAGAUCCUAGGAAUGAAGGGUGGUCAGAAAGUGACAGAGGUGUUUCAUGCACAUUUGGAUCUGAUGUGGUUGCUGAGUUUUUAGACAAGAAUGAUCUUGAUCUCAUAUGCCGCGGUCAUCAGGUGGUAGAAGAUGGAUAUGAAUUCUUUGCCAAGCGAAGAUUAGUUACAAUAUUUUCGGCUCCAAACUAUGGGGGAGAAUUUGACAAUGCUGGAGCUCUUUUGAGUGUUGAUGAAGCCUUAGUAUGUUCUUUUGAAAUACUGAAGCCACGCGACCAAGGAAGCAGUUCCACCCAACUUAAGAAGGUUCCGAAACCCGGAGGAGCCUAAUGCAAAGACUUGUAAAUGUAUAUGAAGAUCACACAGUUGAAAAUUUGUAGGAUCCUCCAGAUUUCAGAUCUUUCUUGUAGUGAUAUAUAUGGUUCCUGAGGGACUAUAAAGGAUCAAAUUCGACCGACUUGUAGUUCAUAAAUUCACAAACUCAUGGCUUGCAGUUGCUGGAAUGAGAAGUCCAUCUGACAAAACUUGUAAAUCAAAAACACCUCAUAUCAUACAUCUUCGCAGGACUUGGCAGUUAUAUUCUUUUCCUAUUUCUCUAAGUUGUUUUAGGCUACUCUCCCUUUGUUUACUUGUCUUUGUUGGUUGGAUUAUUGUAGGCAGAUGAUGAGAAAAAUUAGAGGUUAGCCUCCAUUUGUUUUUUGAAAUGCUUUUGUGUAACAAAUUAUGUCUCAUGAUUUGUUCUCAGAAGUCUGAUAUUUUAAGAUUUUAAUCAUAUUGUGUA